AUGGAGCCAAAGACAACAACAGUCUCCUCUGAGUCUUUGUGUUUGUCGGCCUUCUUCUCUCACAGUCCUCGUUGUUUCAGCUGCCCUGGCUUUGUUCCAGGGAAACCGGGACCACAACAAGAUUUCCGUCUUUUCCAGCUUCCUGCAGAGAAACUGGGAUCACAGAGGAGUCGCAGUCUUCAGAGGACAGUCCUGCUCCGGCGUCUCCGUGGACAUGGGAGGUUUGAGAGAGAGGCUUUUCUGCUGCUGGGUUCAUCACAGAGAAGAACUCCAGCACAUCCUGAAGAUGACCGGACCUUUGCUUCUCUCUCGCAUCCUCAACUACCUCCUUCCAUUUGUGGUCACCAUGUUCUGUGGUCGUCUGGGGAAUGAAGUGAUGGCUGGAUAUGGAUUAGCUUCUGCUACGAUUAAUGUGACGACUGCAGCGACAGGAUAUGGUCUGGCUUUAGCCUGUGAUACUCUGGUGUCUCAGACGUUUGGGGGUAAGAACCUGCUGCGUGUGGGAGUGAUCCUUCAGCGUGGCAUCAUCAUCCUCAUGUUGUUCUGCUUGCCGUGCUGGGCUCUGCUCAUCAACGCCCAGAUCAUCCUUUUACGUCUGGGCCAGGAGCCGGAGGUGGCCAGAAUAGCGCAGCUGUAUAUCACAGCUUUCCUUCCUGCUGUUCCUGCGAUGUUUCUGCAUCAUCUCCAGGUGUCGUAUCUGCAGAACCAGGGAAUAAUAACGCCACAGAUGUACGCAGCUGCGAUGGCCAACGUCGCUAAUGUGCUCACCAACUACGUGACCCUUCACUGGUUGGAUCUGGGAGUUCGUGGAUCAGCAGCAGCCAACGCUCUGUCUCAGGUUUACAUCUGUGUUUUUCUCUUUGCCUACAUUCGCUGGAAGAAUCUUCACGUGAACACGUGGGGAGGCUGGUCUGUGGAAUCACUGCAGGAGUGGGGCUCUUACAUGAAGCUGGCCGUUCCCAGUACUCUGAUGAAGUGCUUUGAGUGGUGGGUUUAUGAGUUUGGGGGAUUCUUUGCAGGAAUGCUGAGUGAAGACGAGCUAGCAGCUCAACACGCUGUGAUCAUGGUGUCGUUUAUCACAUACAUGUUUCCUCUGGGUCUUCAAGCUGCAGCUUGUGCUCGAGUGGGAAACGCUCUGGGAGCCGGAGACACAGCCAGAGCCGUCAUCAGCAGCAAAGUGUCCCUCAGUCUCGCAGGAAUCAUCGCCGUCGUUGAAGGUUUGGUGCUCGGCUCGACCAAAUCAGUGCUCGGCUUCAUCUUCACCUCUGACCUGAAGAUCAUCGCUCUUGUGUCUCACUUGAUGAACGUUUACUGUUUCCUUCAGUUCUUCGAUGGUCUCGUGUGUGUGUGCACCGGUAUUUUCCUGGGCACGGGCAAACAGAAGAUUCCAGCCGUGGCCAAUUUCCUCGGAUAUUACUGCGUAGGACUUUCACUUGGCGUUACGUUAAUGUUUGCAGCAAAGCUGCGAGUUUUAGGGUUUUGGCUCGGGCUCCUCGUUUGUGUCGUUCUACAAUCCACCUUCUACAUCAUUGUCAUCUUCAGGCUGAACUGGGAGAGAAUGACAGAGGAGGCGGUGACGCGGGCACAGAAAAACACUCGCGUGACUUUACUGAGCGCAGGGAACAGCGCUGCUGACCAAACAGCAGGUAAUGACCAUCCUGUGGAUGAAGAGGUGUUUGUGAGGAGUGAGUGUGACAAUGGAAACACUGAGACACGCGGUGGACAUGUGGCGCUACAGCAGCAGCAGCAGCAGACGGGCGGUCGUCUCUCCGGCGCUCAGCUGAUCCUCAGGCGAGGCCUCACCGCAUUUGCAGCGCUCGCUCUUCUGGCCGCGGGAGCGAGCGUGCACUUCCUGGUGCCUCUGGCCCCGGAGGGCGGCUACAACGCGACGGAUUGGAUCAACUCCACGUUCACUCCGGAUCACAUUUAAGCCGAAAGGAGGAGUCAGCGUAAAGUGUUUAAUGUGACGACAUCAGACUGCGUUGUGUACAGAGAUCAUGUAAAAAAAAAAAAAAUACUGGUCGAUUCACUGGAAAAAAUCUUUAGAAUGAGUUUGAUUCACUGGUCGUAAACAUGGGCUGUACGGAAGAAAUGGAUUUAAAAGGAGACGCAGGAUUUGUGAUUUGUCCAGUGCCAUGUUGGGGUUUUUAUCCACAGACGUCAACAGCUGUCAGUCAUACUGGUGUCGUAGUUUAUCGUCUGUUUUCCUCCAAAUGUGGACAUGAGUUACAAAACGGACUUCAUGUUCUACUAAAGAAGAGCUGAAACUAGCGAUUAAGAGAUUAAAAGACUUACGUUCUUCUCACUGACUAUAAAUAAAUGGACGUGGUCUCCCGGUGGAAACCAGGAAGUAGGAAGGAAUGCUGCAGUUCUUCAGUCGGAACUUCGUAAAUCUUGGAAGCAUUUAUCUCCAGUUCGAUGGUAA